CCCGCUAAGUAAACGAUGAAACUUUUUUUUCUGUAGUGAUUACUAAUGAGCAACAGCGUGUAUUGCACAUAUUAUUUCCGGGUCUACACACACCGUGACACGCCAGAGAAUCUGUGGCUUUGUUUCCGCUGUCGUUGAGGGCAGACACAGUCAGCUCUGAUAUGAUUGCAAAGACAGUUAAUGGCUGGAAAUGCUCAGCUUCAGCCCACCUGUGAGUUUAUAUGCCAUGCCAGUCACACUGGGUACCAUGGCAUCCCCACUAAAGAGUCUAGUUAUUGAUGACAACAGAUACCAAGAAGCCUUCCAUCUUUUUCUGGAGCGCUCCUCUGAACACCAGUGUAUGAGGGACUUUAUCCAGAAAAAACUGCCGGACAUCCUGGCCAGCAUUGGAGACGGAAAGUCCCAACUAAAUGUAAUUGGAGUUGGAAGCGGAGCUGGUGAGAUUGACCUAGAGAUGCUCUCUGAGCUCCAUCAGAAGCACCCAAAAGUGAUGGUGGAUAAUGAGGUGGUGGAGCCCAGCAGCCAGCAGCUACAUAACUACAAAGUUUUAGUGUCACAGAAACCAGAGUUAAACUACGCCAAAUUUACCUGGAACAAGAUGACCGCAUCUGAGUUUGAGGAGCAGUGGAAGCUGAAAAAGAUGACAAAGAAGGCAGACUUCAUCCACAUGAUACAGAUGCUGUACUAUGUGAAGGAUCCCGGUGCCACCAUCAGCUUCUUCCAGAGUCUCCUUGAUAAGAAUGGGAAAAUCCUUAUCAUUCUGGUUUCAGGGGCGAGUGGUUGGGGGAAGCUCUGGCGGACAUACAGGACCCAGCUCUGUAACACAGAAAUAAGCCAAUGUGUGACUACCGGAGACAUCAAAAGCUUCCUGGACUCCAAGGGUGUGAACUACCAGAGCUACGAGCUGCUAUCUCAGAUGGAUAUUACCGAAUGUUUCACUGAGGGAGAUCGAAAGGGAGAGCUGCUUCUUGAUUUUCUCACUGAGGCCUUGAACUUUAGUAAAACAGCGUCGCCCGAGUUGAAGGCUGGUGUGUUGAAGCUGCUCCGACACCCCGACUGUAGUGUGGAAGACAAGGGCAGAGUUAUCUUUAACAACAACCUUGGAGUCAUCGUCAUUGAUCAGCAAACCUAAAAUCAAGACACUAUAGGGAAUGAUAACUUUGUAGUAGAUUCAUAACUCAGGUUAAUUAUGUUCAAAUAAGGUGAAUCACUGUAGCUUUAUCUUUCAUUGUUUAUGUUAGUUGUUCCUGAUUAUUUUUAUUAUUUGUUAGUUUGUAUGAUUUAAAUUUUGUGCAAAUGAAAAUGUCUUAAAAUCACA